GUUUUGGAACAUUUAAGACAUGCAAAGCUGUGUAUGACAAAAUCAUAGAUUUAAAAAUUGCCACACCACAAAUUAUCAUUAAUUACGGACUCUUUCUAGAGGAAAAUAAGUAUUUUGAAGAAGCCUUUAGGGCUUAUGAAAAAGGAAUUGCACUUUUCAAAUGGCCCAAUGUUUAUGAUAUAUGGAAUACUUAUCUUACAAAAUUCUUAAAACGUUACGGUGGCACUAAAUUAGAAAGAACACGAGAUUUGUUUGAACAAUGCCUCGAACACUGUCCACCAAAAUAUGCCAAAGCUUUGUAUUUAUUGUAUGCAAAAUUAGAAGAAGAACAUGGUUUAGCCAGACAUGCAAUGUCAGUGUAUGAACGGGCAACAAGUGCAGUACUUCCUGAAGAAAGGUUUGAGAUGUUCAAUAUAUACAUAAAGAAAGCAGCGGACAUUUAUGGUGUACCAAAGACACGGCAAAUAUAUGAAAAAGCUAUUGAAGUUCUUAACGAAGAAAAUACAAGAGAAAUGUGUCUACGGUUUGCAGAAAUGGAAACAAAGUUAGGAGAAGUUGACAGAGCUAGAGCAAUAUAUGCACAUUGCAGUCAGAUAUGUGAUCCAAGAGUAACGUCAAAUUUCUGGCAAAUAUGGAAAGAGUUCGAAGUGAGACACGGCAAUGAAGAUACAAUGCGUGAAAUGCUUCGAAUUAAACGCAGCGUUCAAGCUAUGUAUAAUACUCAAGUGAAUAUGAUGUCUGCACAAAUGUUGAAUAAUGCAUCAAAUCCACCCGUUGAUGUACCAGUGGACGCUAUGCGACUUUUGGAUAUUAAAACACCAAGCACAGACAAUACUGCUGCCUACAAGGAUAGUAUUAAAUUCGUUCGUGGUGUAACGGAGAAAGAUGGCAAAGCAGAAGCUCAAGUGAAUAAUCCGGACGAAAUAGAUAUUGAUAUAGACGAUGAUGCCAAUGAUAACGAGGCAGAUAUAGAGGAAGAUAUUCCUAUCGAGAAACAAAUGAUACCGUCACAAGUGUUCGGUAGUUUAAAAACAGUUGAAGGUGAAGGAGAAGAAGAUUAAACCAUUCAAUAAAUUACAUUGCUUGGAAAUUAUGUAAAUAAAUGAUUUUAUAAUGAAA